AUGGAUAAGGGGACCAGGCCUUUGAAGAAGGGAGAUAAUUGUAAUAGGGAAUUACAGAGAUAUCUAUAUUUAGAAGUGGCAAAGAAGCGUUCAAAGAUGAUGGAACCCCAUGGAAGACAGUAUGCUGAAGGCAGCCCUGACGAAUCCUGGUCGAUUAACCCCUAUCAAAACAGAAAUGCAUUUCAUAUGCAGGCAGCUAUCGACGGGGGCAAGUCGGCAAAAAGUUGCCAAAAGAGCAUAGCAAAAGUAGCCGGACUUGAAGCGAUCGGCUUCUAUCAACGUGGAUUUGUUACUCAUUACCAUCAAGCAGCUAGCCGAGCAAUUUGGCACAAAGCCCUUAGGGCAUUUUAUCCAGAUAAGGCCAUAGUGACAGUGUCGAACCGCCCACGACGCAAACGAACUGCAGCAGAUAUUUCGACGACCCUUCUUCCGCUCUGCAACAGUCGUCUAUCAUCUGGCAUAUCGACUACAAUCGCUUCAAAUCCUAUAUUGAACGCAGCGUCAUUCGGAAGUAGCGGGAUGGAAAACAAGUUGCUCAGGGGUACACGGGAUUCAUUGAACAGGGAGGGGCCUUUGGGAGUUUUUGCUAUGGGUUGA